CCAUGGAAGGCUCCCCGGACCAGGAGGGCUUCUUCAACCUGCUGAGCCAUGUGCAAGGUGACCGGAUCGAGGCACAGCGCUGUUCACUACAGGCCGGGCCAGGCCAGAUCACCGAGAACCAGAGUGGCCCCACGCCUGAGAUGGACAGCCUCAUGGACAUGCUGGCCAGUACGCAGGGUCGCCGUAUGGAUGACCAGCGUGUAACAGUCAGCAACCUGCCUGGCUUCCAACCCCUGGGCCCCAAGGAUGGAGUGCAGAAACGAACUGGGACUCUCAGAACCCAACCCCUGCUCACUCUUCAGGACCCAACCACUCUCAGCUUCCGUCGCAACAGCAGCCCCCAGCCCCAGACACAAGCCCCCUGAGGGCCCAUUCUGGG